AUGUAUGUCCAAAUUCUAAAUAAUAAUUUCUACAAAAUCUAUUUAGACAUUCAAGACCAUUUGGAACUUUUUCCAGGAUCUCCAAAAAGUGGACUAAAUUACAUUUUUUCACAUUAUUUUGGUGUGUUUAUUGGGGCAACAUGCAUUUUUAUUGGAUAUUCAAUUAUUAAGUAGAUUAUAAUUUAAAUAAAAAUUAUUACAAAUCUUUACUAGUGGAAUUAUUAAGGAUACAGGAUCUCUAGUAGAAGAUCUCUAGUAGAAGAUCUCUAGUAUUAAUGACUUAUGUUACUAUUUUUAGCUAGGGUAGCACACUGAGCCUUCGGGGGCGGUUUGUCUGGGUUCGGUUGGGCUUUUUGUCCAAAAAUUCAUAUAGGUUCGGGUCGUGGUUUCGGGGGACGGAUGCUACCUUAUUUUUAACAAAAAGCCCACAGCUGAUCGCCACCCCUUCCCAUCCGUUUUAUUUUAAAAAUAUAGAAAGAUGUUCACC